AUGGCUGUCCAAUUGGGGGAGAUCCAUAGAGCCUCGACCGCCGACGGCUGGCACGGCGUCAUUCCGAGCGAACGGUUCCCCGCUGAGAAGGGUCGCUAUCAUUUGUAUAUCGGCCUCUUCUGCCCUUUCGCGCAUCGUGCCAACUUCGUUCGCCACCUCAAAGGCCUUUCCGACUUUAUUGAUGUCAGCAUUGUGAAGCCAUACCCUAAAGGCGAUGAGAAGGGUUGGCCCGGGUGGUGCUUCCCCACCUCCGAUGACGAAUAUCCCGGCGCGACUGUAGACCAUCUCUUUGGUGAAGACUAUCUACACAAGAUCUACUUCCGAGCAGACCCGGAAUAUCAGGGGCGAUACUCGGUGCCUCUAUUGUGGGAUAAGAAGACCGGAACAAUCGUUUGCAAUGAAAGCACAGAACUUCUUCGGUGGCUUCCCACAGCAUUUAAUGAGCUUUUACCACCGUCGCUGGCUUUAAUUGAUCUCUACCCGUUAGACCUCCGUGAAAAAAUUGACGCGAUCAGCCUAUGGAUGCAAUCAGAUGUCAAUCUAGGCGUCUACAAGGCGGGGUUCGCACCUUCGCAAGAGGUUUAUGAUAAGAAUGUUGUCCCCGUAUUUCGAGCGCUCAAUAAGCUCGAGUGCUUGAUUGCGCAGAAUGGUGGCCCCUUUGUUCUGGGAUCAAAGAUGACGGAGUUGGAUAUUCGCCUUUAUGCGACCUUGAUUCGAUUUGACACAGUCUAUGUCCAACAUUUCAAAUGCAAUCUAGGAACGAUUCGGCAUGACUACCCCGUCCUGAACAAUUGGUUAAAAGGAAUGUACUGGGAUGUGGAGGCGGCGAGGGCGUCGACUAAUUUCAAACACAUCAAGGAAAACUAUACAAAGAGUCAUUGGGACAUCAACCCAAAAGCGAUCACGCCCAUGGGACCCUUCCCAGAUGUCGAAGAAGGUGUCCAACGCGACUGGAGUAAGGUAACGGUUGGCGGGGUGAAACACCCGGCUGUCCUGGAAUAUGAAACGACAAUUUCUGGAAUUUAG